CCCGGUCCGUCAGCGAAUGCGCUCCGCAGGCGUAGGCCGCGCGCAGCCCCAGCCGGGAGCUGCAUGCAGGUUCCUCGGCUGCUCGUCGUGUCCGGGAGCGGGCGCCGAGAUGCGCCCCCUGCUCGGCCUCCUGCUGGUCUUCGUCGGCUGCACCUUCGCUCUGUACUUGCUGUCGACGCGACUGCCCCGCGGGCGGACGCUGGGCUCCGGCGAGGAGACCGGAGGCAGGUCACUGUGGUUCCCCUCAGACCUGGCGGAGCUGCGGGAGCUCUCCGAGGUCCUUCGAGAGUACCGGAAGGAGCACCAGGCCUACGUGUUCCUGCUCUUCUGCAGCGCCUACCUGUACAAGCAGGGCUUUGCCAUCCCUGGCUCCAGUUUCCUGAAUAUUUUAGCUGGUGCUUUGUUCGGACCCUGGCUGGGGCUUCUGCUGUGCUGUGUGCUGACGUCCGUGGGCGCCACGUGCUGCUACCUGCUCUCCAGUAUUUUUGGCAAACAGCUAGUGGUCUCCUACUUUCCUGAUAAAGUGUCCCUGCUGCAGAGGAAGGUGGAGGAGAAUAGAAACAGCCUGUUUUUUUUCUUACUGUUUUUGAGACUUUUCCCCAUGACACCAAACUGGUUCUUGAAUCUCUCAGCUCCGAUUCUGAACAUCCCAAUUGUGCAUUUCUUCUUCUCUGUUCUGAUCGGUUUGGUGCCGUACAAUUUUAUCUGUGUGCAGACAGGCUCUAUCCUAUCGACUCUUACCUCUCUGGAUGCUCUCUUCUCCUGGGAAACGGUCUUCAAGCUUUUGGCCAUUGCCCUGGUGGCCUUAGUUCCUGGAACCCUCAUUAAAAAAUUUAGCCAGAAGGACCUGCAUUUGAAUGAAAUAAGCAAGGCUAAUCAUCUAAAUAGUAGAAAGGACACGUGAUCUGCGUUGUUUGCCACGUCCCUGGACUCUGUUGCUUAUUUGUGUGAUGUGUGGUCUUCUGCAGCCCCUCAUUGUUCUUAAUUACCCUCAGCAGGUGAUUUGGACACACUUAAUUGUGUGCAGUGUUUUCGUGAAAGACAUCCUGUGCUCUAGGAGGGGAAUUGUAUCAAUCCCUCAAACUAUUCCUGGCUUAGCAGGACACCCUGUGAGACGGAUGGCCUUCUAGAAAAUCCUAUUUAUAGUCUACUGAAUAACAAGAAACUCAGGGUGGUCUGUUGUAUUUGCUUCUUGCCAAACCCUGAGCUGCCUUAGGAGAUGCUGACUGUCCUCGUCCGGAGUGCCUCUCUUGCAAGGUGGUAGAGGCUGUCGUGACAGGUGUUCUCCUGUUAAGUCCCUCGUGUGUGUUCUUGGUGUAAAUGGUGACGUGAACCCACAUCACUGACAUUACCCUUCAUCUUGUUAGUCUCUUGAAGCGUGUCCUGUACUACUUUUUUGCUGAUGACCUACCUCGUCUGUAAACCAAGGGAAACAAGCUGACAAACUGCACCGAACUUGCACAUACAGCUCAAUUGCACAUUGAUCUCUGUGAUGCUCUGUGUCCACAUGCAUCGACAUUACCUUAUAUGUCAGAUCUCUUAGUUGCAUGUUCUGAUAAUUAAGCGGAUUGCAGAUAGACUAUUAAAUAUGAAUGCAGCAAACUCUAUGUUAUGGGUAUGUUCUGGAGAAAUUCUUACCUGUCUGGAUGGGGCAGGGUCCUUGGCUCACUUGAACCAAAUGACUAUCAGUACAUUUUCUGAUCUGUCCUUUCUGUGUGGGGAUCCUUUCUCCGUCAUCCUGCUAGGAGAAUGGAUUUGGUACACUCAGCUAUCAGCCAGUGUACCCUAUUUUUUUCAUGUUGUCAUUUGUCGAGAGUAAUUGAGAAAUACUUUUAUCUUGUAAUCCAAAGAGGAAAACUUGGUUUUGGAUUAUGUCGUUGUGUUACACUUUAAUGAUUUGUAGCUGCCAUUGCUUCUUGUAGCUGCAGUGUUGAACCCAGUUGCAGCUGGCUUAAUGCUGCCAGGGACACAAGGACCUUGGCAUCUAAACUGACCAGCUCUGGGAUCCCAGGCCCUACAGGAGUAACUCAUCAUUUCUUACUGGAACUGUUGCCUUUGGGUGUCAUCUGCUGGGUUUGAUCUGGCUUGGGCAGGGGUCUUGCCAAGCCUUUCACUUGGGUCACUGUUCUACCUGCAUUCCUCAGAAUGCUCCUGUUCAGUAGGAAGCCUGAAUUCCAAAGCAGUGCUUUUGGGACAUGGUAUAAUCCAAAAAACACAACAAGGACUUCAUUUUUAAAGAUGUGUUGCUUUAAAAGAAACUUGGUAACAAGUGGGGGUGAGGAGAAGGCUGUGAAAUCUGGCUUUUUGUGUUCUGGAGGAGGAGAAGGGAAGUGGGAAACCAGCGUUAUCUCCACUGUUGCAAGGAUGUGCCCUUUGCCCUUCACAGGAUCCUUGUAUUUGUCCCUCUCCCUCUUCCCCCAUGAUUUUGCUACAAUGUGCCUUACCAGUUGUGAGUUUACAGGUAUAGCAAUUUCCCAAAUAAAUGGAUAUAAAUGUU